AUGCCGCCCAUCAAGACUGGGCUGUAUUUAGGAGGGACUGAAGAGCUUGAGCACCUCGACCCUAUCGACUCCGGCGUGGACUCCGGCAACGACGACAAUUCCGACAACUGCGACUCCGAUGAUGAAGAAGUUGUAUGUUCUCCGCCUCCCAAUAUGCAUGCGACUGCGCUGCUGUGGGCUCCAACUUAUCUUUCGCAGCAGGAGAAGCAGCCCACCAAGCAAGCGCCCCGCAAGGUCCGGUUCGCCUCACCAGCCGUCGCAAUCCAAGGAAGGAGGGACCACACAGUGGCCGACGCCCGUAUCAUGACUCUGAAGCAGCAGGACUACAACGACGUACAUGUCGCUCGCCAGCUCGCGAAGGAAGGAUUCAUCAACUAUGGCGAGAAGACCGUCGCAGGCCGCUGGCGCAAGAUCCGCGGCGACAUCGAGAAGGCUGAGGAAGAGGAGCUGGACGACAAUCUGAGCGACUGGCACCUGGGCGAGGCAAAAGCGUUCAACAACGCGGAGAAGAGGUUCAGGCAAGAAGUCAUCAAGCUCGAACAGGCGAAAUGGAAGACCAUCUCCAUCGGCCUCAAUGUCAGCAUGAACAAGAAGAAGUACACUGCGAAGGCCUGCAAGGAGCGCUACGAGGCUAUGCAGAACGGAACCGCUGAUGUGGCGUUCGAGCUCGAUCCCGACCCAGUCGGUCGCAUGAACAAGCGCGACGAGCGCAUCGCAGAGAACAAGCGUCGUCGUGCGGCGGCCAAGCAGGCGAUUCGCGAUGCGGAAGAGGACAAGAAGCGCAAAAUUGCGGCUGCGAAGGAGCGCAAACUAGGCAUCCAGCUCGAGAAUGUGAACUGGAAGCAGGAGAAGAUGGCGCGCGAGCGCGAGGAGAGGCGUCUGAGGGAAGAGAAGAGGCUCGGCAAGGAGGCGGAGCGCAAGGCCAGGAAGGCAGGGCUGCAGAAGUUGAGAGAGGAGGUCGAAGCCAAGCGUCGCAACAAGGAUGCAGAGGCGGCGGUCUACCGUUACUACACCGGCUACAACAUCAACCGCAAGCAUGGCAACAAGCAGGGCGGAGAUCCGGACUCCGACGAAGACGAACGCGCGGACUAUCUCGCGGACAGCGACGACUCCGACGCCAGCUCGGAUGGCGACGUACCUCCACCAGUUCUCACGCAGUCGGAGAGGAUCAGCAACCGCCGCCGCAGCGCUUCCCGCGGCCGCAGCGUCUCCGUCCACCCCAGCCAAAUGGUCGAAGUCACCAAAGCCACCCUCCUCAACCCCCGCAGCAUCAUGACCGACUCCGAGCUCGCCGACCUGCUCCACGAGCGCAAGCUCCCGCGUCGCGGCCACGACGAAACCCAUCCCGAAGUCAUUGCGAGGCUCGCGGCAGACGACGAUAUUCUCGAUAACGACGAGGUGAACGAUCUCCUUGCCAAGCACUUCAUGACGCACAAGGGGAGUAUUGCGAAGCGCAUCCAGCGUCUCGAGGAAGCGGACGCCGCCAAUUCUGCUGCUGGCAAGAGGGGUGUGAAGGUGACGGAUCCCGAGUUCAAGGAGCAGUAUGAAGGGUACAAGGGUGAGUACGCUUCCCUCCUGGUUGAUGCGUAG